AGCAAAAGGAAGAGGAAUACAAAAACAACUCAGAAAACAAAAAUCUUAUUAGAUUCCUAAAUAAUGGACAAAGAUUCCGAUAGCACCGUCACUUCGCUGGAUGAAAAUACUGAAAAUUUUUGUAACAAUCAAACCAGAGAUAUAUUGGCCGAAGGUAUUUUAAAUAUUUUUAAACCAGUGGUAGAGAAAUUAGACGAACGUAUACAAGCCACACGUCAGUCUCAAAUAGAACUAAAAGCCCAACUGGAUGUGCUGUCUAUGCAGUUAAGAGAUAUUGAAAGAGCUCAACAUAAUAUACCCGAGUUUUCCGACAAAGUAAAAGAACUAAUAAACGUCAAGCACAAAGUGACGGUCAUAGCAAAUAUAUUGACCACUAGCCAGGAACGUCUAAACGGUUUACAUCGUCUAAUAGAAAAGGAGCAAAGAAGAAGACAAGCUCUUUUAGACUCGGCUAUAAGUACAAAUAUAUCUUAAAGAAUAAAUAGUGUCUAAACGAAAGCAAUAAAAGCAAUUUAAUUUUUUUUUUAACAAUGGAGACACCACAUAUCGAUCAUUUAACAGCUCAGGACUAUGAACACGUUUACGAACCAGCAGAGGAUUCUUUUCUGCUAUUAGAUGCUUUGGAAUCAGAUUUGGAUUUCAUAGAGCAUAAAUUAAAUCCUACAGUUUGUUUAGAAAUUGGCCCUGGUAGUGGUGUAAUUAUUACAGCUUUAUCGAAACGUCUAACUUGCAACACUUUAUGUUUAGCUUGUGAUAUAAAUCCCUAUGCCUGUCAAGUCACUAAACGAACUGCCUUACGAAAUGCCACGAGAGUCGAUUGUAUACGGGGCAAUCUAGUAGAUGCUCUUAAUACACAAAAGAUUGAUUUAUUAAUAUUUAAUCCACCUUAUGUAGUCACAAGCGAUGAGGAACUUAAACAAAUGGACAAAUUUGGCGAUUGUACAGAAGAUAAUCUGGUGUAUUCCUGGGCUGGUGGUCAACACGGUAGACGUAUUAUUGACGUGUUAAUUGAAAAGUUGCCCAAUAUUUUGUCGGCUCAGGGUGUUUUCUAUUUGCUUUUAUUAAGAGAAAAUAAACCAAAAGAAAUAAUGGAAAAACUAAUGAAUAUGGGAUUUAACAGUGAGACGUUAAUGGAACGACGUAUACCGGGCGAAUAUUUGUAUGUUUUAAAAAUUAAGCAUUAAUUUGUAUGGUACUCUAAUAUUUCAUAAAUUUAAAAAUAUAAAUAUUUAUGUAAAAUAAAUGCAAGUGAACUUUUAAAA